CGACGAAGUUUCUCUCUAUAGGAUUAAACAACGAAGGGACAGUUACAGAUCAGUGUAGUGCUCAUCCAGCGCAGAGCUUCAAUGAAUCGCCCAUCCAUGGCGAUCUUCUGCCGUGUCUCUUCCUCGUUUGAGCUUCUUUAGAGCUUCGUUUUCGAGAUCAAUGGAUUCCUCAUCUCUCAGUUACAGACACAGAACAGCCACAUCGCUAAUUUGGCCGUCAUUGCCUUCUGCGGAUGCGCGGAUUCAGUUUCGAGCAGCAGCACUGGUACCGUUUCGCUUCUCUGUAGCUUCCUAAAUUUGAUGGCUCAGCAGGUAUAAGCGUCGGCUGAUUGUGUGUAUGAUCUUUGUUGCGACAUAUUUUAACUUGAACUGAGCCAAACAUGACGUCUCGUGGUUCAUCGGCUUCGGGCAAUGGCCUAUUUCCGCUCAACGCUUCCACGUCCGGCCGGCAAGACGAUGUUGAGGCUGGGCUCUCCUCCGGCAAAAGCAUUAACAAGGAGGAGGAAGAAGAGGUUUCCGAUCCUUUUGAUGUCGACAAUACCAAAAACGUCCCGCUCGAGAUACUCAAGCGAUGGAGGCAAGCUGCGUUGGUGCUUAAUGCAUCUCGGAGAUUUCGAUAUACUUUGGAUUUAAAAAAGGAGGAAGAGAAAGAGAAAAGAAGAAGGAUGAUUAGAGCCCACUCUCAAGUUAUAAGGGCAGCACUGCUUUUCAAAUUGGCAGGGGAACAACAAACUGUGUCUCCACUGGUAGGUUUCUCAGUACCACCUCCAACGUCAACUGGUGACUAUGGCAUUAAUUUAGAACAUCUUGUCUCACUGACCCGUGAACAAAACUUUUCUUCUCUACAACAAUAUGGAGGAGUCAAAGGCUUAUCAAAUUUAUUGAAAACAAAUACCGAUAAAGGAAUACCGGGGGAUGAAACUGAUUUACUAAAAAGAAGAAAUACCUUUGGAUCAAAUACAUAUCCACGUAAAAAAGGACGGAGUUUCUUGAGAUUUCUUUGGGAAGCCUGGCAAGAUUUAACCCUAAUCAUCUUGAUUAUAGCUGCAGUGGCAUCAUUAGCUUUGGGAAUGAAAACAAAGGGUGUAAAGGAAGGAUGGUAUGACGGAGGAAGCAUUUCCUUUGCUGUGUUUCUUGUCAUAAUGGUCACAGCGGUCAGUGAUUAUCGACAGUCUCUUCAGUUUCAAAACUUAAAUGAGGAAAAACAGAACAUACAAGUAGAGAUCUUGAGGGAUGGUAGAACUUUAAAGGUCUCAAUAUUUGAUAUCGUUGUUGGAGAUGUUGUACCUCUUAAAAUUGGAGAUCAGAUCCCUGCUGAUGGAAUAUUAAUCACCGGUCAUUCACUUGCCAUAGAUGAAUCUAGCAUGACUGGCGAAAGCAAGAUUGUUCGCAAGGAUCAGAAGGCACCCUUUAUGAUGUCUGGUUGUAAAGUUGCAGAUGGAGUUGGUACCAUGCUGGUAAUUUUCAUGCUUUGACUUCUUGUAACUGUC